AGAAGGCCAAACAAAAGCACAUAGAAGAAAUCAUAAAGAAAGAAAGUACUAAUACCAAAGGUAGAGUACAAGGCACAACAACACAUAUUGCCAAGGAAAAUAUAAAACAAAUUACAAAGCCCACUCUUUAUGUUGAUCAAGAACAAGGCAAGAAUGAUGUACACGAUACCAAAUGCAGCAAUAGUACACAAGAAUAUAGUUGGUAUCAAAACUAUAUAGCAGAACCAGAUUGUACACCAUAUUACGAAACUCACAGCAAGACUUAA